AUGGGGUACCCGGGAGAUCAACGUGUGGGUCAAGGCAUGAUACAUGGGCUUAUUGAGGGAAGUGGGAAGGGAAAGGCAGGGGGAAUAUUGGCUCUGGACUGGCACGAGGCAUACGAUUGUGUGGAGCGUGAGGCUUUGUGGAAAAUUAUGCAGUGGAAAGGAUUUGGGAAAGAAAUAGUAAGCUGGGCAAUGGCUUUGUAUGAGCAAGCUAUGUUUAAGGUACAGCUGAACUUUAAACCUGCAGAGUAUGUUGGCAGUGUCGCUGUACAGAACCUGGUGGUACCAGCCAGGGAAGUGUCCUUGGCUGUUGAUUUCAUCUUUACUGCUCCAAUCAUAGUUUUUGGCAAUGUUCUGGUGUCUGGGCUGGUUGAUGGCAUAGAUUUGGAAGACUUCUUCUCUACCAGAGCUGUGUUUAAUACCACACAAACUCUGUUUGGGUCCUAUACAUUUGAGGCAAUGAGAGUGGAAGGUGAUCUACAGGUAGAAAUGAUAAAUAAUGUGUCGAUAUCUGACCUGGUAUUGAGGUACAGCAGCUCACAGCAGGUAAUAUCAGGCACAAAGAUAUUGAAUGGUGGUCUCGUUGUUACCGGGGACAUCUUCGCCUCUACACUAAAUGGUUUAGACCUCUGGAAGCUGAAUAAUACACUAGUGAGACUAGACCGCAGUGUCACCAUAAAUACUCCUGUGGUUUUUGAGAAAAAAGUAACAUGCUCAGUGAAGGCGUUUGUCAAGAACACUGUCAACGAUUUAGACCUCUCAGAGCUAAGCCGCAAUCUGUCUACUCUGAGAACGAGAAUCACUGAACAUUAUCAUAGAAUUGACAGUAUCCUGAAUCAGUUUGGUUCACUUCAUGAAGAAAACUACGAAACUGCCAAAGGACUGUACUCUGAACUCUCGUACCUGGAGAAGAUAGAUCUACCCAGAGACACUAAUGUAUAUGGCAGACUUUGGACUGGUAGGAUUCCUGGAGCAGAGGGUCAGUACCUGAAGAUAAUUAGUUGCCCAGAUCCUCCAUGUGGCUGCUCUACACAAUGUCACUACUACAAGGUGAUGCCAGACACAAGACUGGAAGCAGUCGCUCAAGUUGGACUAAGAAUCGAUAUUAUAAAUUACCCCUUGAAUGACGAGCACUUCGUGGCUAUUUAUUCACAAUGUGAAACUGGCAUACCAAAAACAAAAGUGGAUAUGUAUUAUGCAAACAGCCCACCCAUUGCUUCGUAUGAAACUGAAGGCAUGGUGUCAGACACUGGCCUGUUUGUCUCUAGUGGGAUUAACUACUUGGUCGUCAUGCUGCAUGUUCUUGAAGGAAUGGAUCGCACCCAAAACUCUUUGACAAUUGUGCUGAAGCUCGAUGAAGGUGGUGAGAAAAUUACACAAACAUGGAGCAUAAAAUCUGCCAAGGAAGCUGUCGACAUUGACUUGGCUUUUACUGACAACACCUGGUUCCUGUUUGUUGCAAAUACUUACGAUCCUGACGACACCAUUGCUCCUUACACUACCACCUCACAACUCUUCACUUGGAGCCACUCCACUCAAAUGUUCACCAUGGUGGCAGAGUACGUGGCGGAUCACACAUCGUCUGUCAGCUUCCUGCAGACAGUCUCGCCUCUUGAAGAAACCUUAUUUACUCUGGCACAGCUUAAGCUGGCAGAUUCUCCAGCGUUCAGAGACUGCCUGAAAUACACUACAAAAGUUCUAGUGUUCCGGUAUAACAUGAACACCAGGAAUUUUGAAGCAUACCAGUCACUUGCUGCAUAUGGUGUGGUAGAUCAGGCUGUGUUGCAUGUAGACGACACGCUUUAUCUACUACUAUUGUCUAAUUAUGAAGACAGUCUAUAUGUUUAUGAAUAUCUUCAUCGUGAGGGCUUCAUCCUACUCUACAAAAUUCGUGUAAAGGAUCCCUACUCUGUGCUUAUUAUGGAAGUGGAGAGACAAACAUUCGUAGUAGUGUCAACAAGUCGUGGUCUUGAGAGAUUCAAAGUCCACCUGAAGGGCGUAUCUCCUGACUUGUUGCUGUAGAAAUUGAAAAGUUUCGCUUAAACUUUUUGUGGCAAUCUGAUAAAUUAUUUUUAAUAAAUAUGUAUGAACUCUA